ACUUAACGUCCUCGUACGAUUCUAGUGCGCCGAUCGCCUGCUGUGUCAGUGUGUUUUUAUUUUUGUGAUCAGAACAUUUGAUUUCGAGUCAUCAAUCAUGAAGGCCAUCGUUAGUGCAGUGUGUGCCGAAAACGGAAUAACCGCCCUCACGUCCGGACGCGUGUCCAAACACAAAAAGGAUAUCGAAAACGAGGAGAUACAGAUGUACUUCAGCAAGCUGAAGGACCUGGUGCCCUUCAUGCCCAAGAACAGGAAGCUGUCGAAGCUGGAGGUGAUCCACUACGUGAUCGACUACAUCUGCGACCUCCAGAGCGCCCUCGAAACCCAUCCUGCCGUCAACGCGUUCGACGCCACCGCCGCCCUGAGCCAGAAGAAGAGCCAGUCGGCCGUCUCACCCAGACAACCGUUGGGUGUCAGGCCGAACCCCAACACCAUCCUGUCGCCCUGCGAGGCGCCCAUCCUCCAAAACGUCACGAAUCCUGAAGCGCUGUCGCCUUCGGAACGACACGUGUCCUGCUGAAGGUGCCAACGGACCUGGCGUCGUUCUCAUUCCAAUUUACGAAGAGUUAGGAGCUGUCUCGUACGAUUGAUACUGAAGACUAGGCCGCGGGGAGGAUACACCAUAUAGUUUUGGAAUUGCCUCAUAUAGAAUAUAGGGAUCGACUGAAAUCAUUUUAUUUAUAUUAUCUGAAGCGUGAUCAAGAAUUUUUGAGGAUGCGAUGUGUGCGAGUUGUGUAUGUAGAGAGAGAGCACUUAGUGAUGUACCUGUUUAUGUUGCAAUUGUUGUUUAGAUUUUAUAUUAUUGUUUUGUAAAUAAAUAUUAAAUAGGCGGGUUUUAACAAUCUACAUUGUAAAUUAAUUGGCAUCCGCGUCGGAUUUUACUUUCGACGCUGUGCCAUAAUCACAGAUUAUUCUUUUAAAUAAUUUAAUUAUUUUGUGACUUUUUUAUUCUGUGAUUUUUAGUAUGUAAUAUAUGUACAAAAUAUAUUGACCUCCACUGAGGUCGUUUUUUUGGAAGUCACAAUCAGAAUUAUUAUCAUUUAAUGAUUUUAUAUGUUUAUUUUGUGAUUUCGACCCUGUACAUUUUUGUUUUAGAAAACUUUUGUAUAUAGUUACCUAUAAAGCAACAAGAUGUUGUUAAAGAACUAUCUAAAUUUAUUAUUCGACUUGAAAAUAAAAUAUGAUUUUAUUGA